UACCCGGCAACAAGCUGCAUUCCCAGCCCGUCCGAUUUGGUUCCUGCUGUCCGCCCAACGCCGCCGUCAGUCCAACACGCCCGCCCGCCCAAACCGCGAGUCUCGCCACUCGCCCGCUCUCGCCGCGACCGCGUACUACGAACCACCCGAAUCUGUGUUCAAGUGACAAUACGAAACAUGUAAAUGAGUGUUAUGUCGUGUUCAAGAGUAAUCGCCGUGAAAGAUGCUCCAAGACAUUAAAUAUUCAUGAUAGAACCGUAUCCGGGAUCUGGCAGAGCUCUACUUUCAACAGAUCAAAUGAUGAUGGAGACGGAUAAGAUGUCAACGGCAUCAUCAGUGGGCGCUGCCGAGAGGCGCCCACUGAUGCAAGCCUUGCUGCUGGAGAGACGCAUACUCUUCGCCUGUACCGUGCUGAUAGGCUUGUGUACUUUUGUGUGGAUCACAGCCGUUUGCACAGAGAAGUGGGUCCAUAUAGAAGGAGGAAAUGGUGUAUAUCUGCCCAAAAAAGGCAGGUACCUCAUGUACAGCGACUCGGGAGUGUGGGAGAUCUGCCGGCAUGUCUUCCAGCCUGAUAACGUGACGGUGACAGACGAGCACAACGUCACCAAAUCCGUUCAGCCAAAGCCGCAGAAUGACAUUACGGGGCUGAAGGGAAAGUUUUUCUUAAGAUGCACAAAUUACUUAGCGCAGCCCGUUUUAGAACACAACAAGCCGCUGGACCCAGCUUAUGAUUUAAUAGUUGCUAAUUACGUGAGGACGAUGAUCUCCUUCGGCAUCAUCAGCCUGUUCGUGAUGGCGAUGGGCUGUGGCUUCUCCAUCUACACCUUCCGCAACCCUCGCUACAUGUUCAAGAGGCUUGCGGCGGGAAUACACUUCAUCAGCACUGCAUGCACAUUCGUGGUAGUGCAGGUGAUGAUGUCAUCAGUGGACCACAUGAAGAAGAGUGUAACAUACGUGUAUCCAGAACGUGCCUACCAUUAUUUCCACAUCAGUUUCUUCCUCGCUUGGUUCGUGGUGCUCGUCAACUUCUUCGCAGCUGCCUCCUUCCUCUGGUACUCCAGAAAGAGGAAAGGUGACAAAGCGGCCACAGACGAGCUGGCCAUGGCCGACGAGCCGACCAUCAUUGGACGAUGACGUCACUGCACCUUCACCUCACUUUUCUCUUUACUGAACAGUGCUCAACCGACCAAUAGCGGUAGCGUUAGUCUUCCAAGUAUUUUACGCAAGAUUAGGGAACAGCUGUUCAGCUCACGACUGAUAUGGUUAUUUUCUUUAUACCACAUUAUAAAAUGACAUUUAUAUUUAAGGGUUCCGCGCAUUAUAAUUUGAGCAUUGCCUUAUUUGUUUAAAUCAAGGAUAGCCUAGAUCACAGUCCUGUCUUGUUAUCCAUCAACUUAA